AAUAGUACAGUGCAAUAAAACAUGCGCCCGUGCACCCAUUAGAAUGCAUCGGGAGAAAAGAGGGCAGCGAGACUGCGAUUCGAUCAAGAAGAGAAAGAGAGAAAGAGAGGACUUUCGGCAAAAAGGGGGGCAAAGUCGAGAGAAGGGAGAAUUGGAAAAUGUGCAGCAACAAGGACCCAUCAAGGUGGUGGCGAGGCUGCGAGCGAGCGAAACAGGACCCGUUUCGGGCCCCGCAGUCACGUUUUACCAACGUCGCGACGAGCUGCUGCCGACGUAAUCGAAGAGGAGAACAAAAGGAACAGGGAGGAAGAGGAAAAGAAGAAGAAAGGAUCUUUUUCGGAACUUUUUGAAACAGCAACAAAAAACUUUGGAACUUUUCUUCAAGACUCCCCUCUUGAUAUCAAAGAUGGAAAACCGUGUGGUUUUUCGCCAUUUUCUGCCGUUUCUAACCCUGGUGACCUUGACCUGGGCACAAUUCCGGUGUCCGGAGCCCAAGGGCUUCUUCCCCGACCCAGAACAGUGCGAUCUUUAUUAUGCCUGCGUGGACAAUCAACCCGAGGAGAAACUUUGCAAAGACGGGCUCGUCUUCAGGGAUGAUAAUCCCAAGAAGGAAUUGUGCGACAUUCCGGCAAACGUGCCUUGCGGCGACCGCACACUUUUACAGGAGCCACAUCCUAGUAAGGACUGUCCACGCGCAAACGGCAUCUUCGGCCACGAGGAUCCGACCGCGUGCGACCGCUUCGUCAAUUGCAUCGACGGAGUAGCGCAGAUAGUACCUUGCCCAACUGGUCUGAUCUACGAAUCUAAAAUGUCCAGCUGCGUCUGGCCGGUAGACGCUACUCGUCUGUGCGAGAACGCGAAACGCGACGUCCUGGACGACGGAUUUGUCUGCCCAGACGGCGACGUCGCUGGACCAUCCGGCAGGAUUCUGCCGCAUCCCACGUAUCCGCAUCCCGAGGACUGUGCCAAGUUCUACAUCUGCAAGAACGGCGUGGUGCCGCAGAAGGGCCAGUGCGAACCUGACACUGUGUACAACGAGGAGAUCUUCAGGUGCACCGAACCGGAGAAUGUACAAGGAUGCGAGGACUAUUACAAGCGGAAGAACUGAACGAGAGAAGUCUAAGGCGCCGCAACUAACUGCAGCUAUAUGUGUAACGCUCAUCUUUUUAAUUAAACGGACAAUAAACGCGUGUGAUAUGCACGCUUAUGUAAAAGCUGCCACGUGGUCUCCGUGAGAAUGAACGUGCUUUCGUCCUCUCUUUCUCUCUCUCUCUCUCUCUCUCUGCUCGCGACAUAUAUAUUACCCCCUUUCUCCUUUUACGUAAACAAAUUUGCCUUCAAAAAAUCCACUAUGUAUAAAUUGUAAUUGUCGGUCGCUAACCCGUGAAAAGAAAACAUCGACGAUAUCGCAACUUCUAUUAGAUAAACCCCUCCGCUUUUGAACCGGUCCAAUUUUAUGUAAUUAACGAUUAUAUGCUCGCGAGCUGGAAUUUUAUUGUAAAAAUACGCGUAGACAUAAACUUGCAAUUCCGCGAUUAAAUAAGUCAAGAAACAAGAUUAUUUAUUAUAUUUCAAUCGGAAAUAUAUUUUAAAUCUUUUUCACUUUCAUUCUGGAUGUGCGAUACUUUACCUAUAACAUCUCCCCUUAUUAAUUAUUAAAAAAUAUUGUAUAUAUUAUUUUGAAAAAUGUUAAAAUGAAAAGAGGAGCGAGAGAAAAUAUUUCGUUCAAACAAUUAAUUCAAAAAUUUUAAAGCGCUAAUUAAACAUCAUCGCGUUAAGUUUUUCAUAAUAAAAUGCAUCUAAUAUACUAUUAUACGUUUGUAUCGUAUAAUUUAAAUUUUAAAUCAUUAAUAUUUAUCGCGUGUUACGAUGUGACUUUCUCUGACAUGAGAGAUUGGACGUCAAAAACCUCCACACCCUACGAUGUUUCAGAAUGCAUCGCGAAAUGCGUUCGCGAAAUCGCAUCACUUUGAAUACAUUUCGACUGGAUUUCACCUCGAUGAAUCAAAUGUCAUCGUAAGAAUUAGUUAACCCAUUCGUUAUAAAGUUGCUUUCCAUCUCAAGUUAUAUGGCAUCUCAUAUAUAUGUAUAUACAGUCAUCCUUUUAUAGCUGCUAUUUGAUAUAAUAUACUUUUCUUAAUUUUUGUUACAUUUUAUUAACAAAUGCGCUUUUAAAUGUCAUAAUACAAGACAAGCUGCAAUGUUUCGUGAUUCGGCGGGAGAUUCACGGUACAUAAUAAAAUAAUAUGGUGUUCCUAGCUGUUAGCAGACACACAAUUUCUCCUCUCUUCUUAUCCGCCUGAUAGCAACCUUUCUCUUUACGUAAUCCGCGAUGCGCAAGAUGAGAUACAC